GUCCCCGCUCUGUUUAUCUCUACCCCCACCUCCCAUUGUCUCUCCCACUCCCAAAAGCUUCUCUCUCUAGUCUCAACACUCUGCCUAACACCCACACAGAAACACACACUCUCUCUCUCUCCCGUGAUGUUGGGCAAGCGUCCAAGGCCUCCGAUGAGUAGGACGAUGAGCAUGACUGCGAUCAGAGUUGAUAUCGGUGACGUGGAGCUGCCGUCGCCGUUAGCUCCUCAGAGUACGAUAAUCAGUGAUGUGAAGAAGGUGGAUGGACUAGAUGAGCAUAUUAUGGAGGGUCCAAGUGGGUAUUAUAACCGUUCGAUGGCCAUCUUGUCACCCAGAUGCCACAUGAGUGGUUCAGGCGAUUCCUCCAUGGAGACGGCUCAUUUCUUGAGGACAUGUGGCCUCUGCAAACGCCGUUUGGCUCUUGGUCGUGACAUUUACAUGUACAUGGGUGAUACAGCAUUUUGUAGUGUAGAAUGCAGGGAACAACAAAUGAAGCAAGACGAGAGAAAAGAGAAGUUGAGGGUGGCAGCUUCAAAGAAAUUAAGUGAAAGCCAUUACAAUCACUCAUCACCACCCACGGCAGCCCCUGAAGCUUCCAGCAAUAGCGAGACUGUUGCAGCAGCUUAAAGACGAUAUAUAUAUGGCCAAUAUACAACUACUAUAGAUGUGCAUAUACCAAUAAUGCUCGAAAACUAAUGUUUAUCAUACACAACCUUUGGUAUACCUUAUGCAUGUAUAAGUAUUUUUUUUUUCUUUUUGGGGAUGAUGUUUGAACACACCACCGUUUGGAGUGUGUUCUUAUCGCUGGAUCAAUUCCUUACUUUUGCAUGUAUAACUAAUGACUUAACAUAGUGAUUACGGAACAUGGAGCUAGCAGAGAGUGAAUUUCAAAGAUUUAAGCUCUAUGGCUGCGAAAUUAUCAAAAAGGUUAGCCGCAAUGCAUUGUGAACAAUGAUUUAAAAAAAAAAAUAGAACAGUUGGGUUGAAAUAU